AUGACCCCAUCAGUGACUGCCACCAUGCGUCAGGCGCUGCUUUUUGAGCAGAAAGUGGAGGAGAUGAAGCCCAGCAAGAGUGACAUCAACUGGGUCAUCAUGGACUACCUCGUCUCGGAGGGAUAUCCGGAGGCGGCCGCGAAGUUUGCGCAAGAGACCAACAUCUCCCAGCCCUUUGACGCCGAAGCCAUCCGAGACCGCGUACGAGUACGAAACGCCAUCCACUCCGGCAAGGUGGACGAGGCUAUUGAUAUGAUCAACGGUAUCGACCCCGAGAUUCUCGAUUCGGACCAUGUCCUCCACUUCAACCUUCUUCAGCUUCAACUUAUCGAGAUUAUUCGCUCCAUCCUGGCCACAUCGGGCGGAAACCCGCAAGCCAACCACUUCCGACCCGCGCUCGAGUUUGCUACUGAGCAGCUCGCCCCGCGCGCACCCACCGAGCCAAGAUACAAACAGGCGUUGGAACGCACCAUGGCGUUGAUGAUAUUUCCGGUGGAGAAGAUGCUUCCUGAAUUCAAAGAGUUGCUUGACCUGAAGCUGCGGGAGACUGUAGCUAAUAGUGUCAACGAGGCAAUUCUCAAGAGCAAAGGUCAGCGACCAGAGGCGAAGAUUCGACAACUCGUCCGCGCGAGAGCUUGGGCGGAGAUGCAAGCAAGAGAAGCGAGAGUAGAGCUGCCGGCGAGCAUCCCAAUCGGCCUUGAUGGUCGUCCAAGAAGUCAUGAUGAUGAUGAUGCCAUGGUAUCAUGA